AUGCGCACCACCCUCGCCGUCGUCCUCCUCACCGCCGGAGCCGCGGCCUUCUUCGACGGGCCCUGCACCGACACCGAGUGCGGCGCGCCCGACCAGGCCGCGGUCAACUGCGAGGCGGACGGCAGGGUCUGCGUGCCCUUCCCCGUCGUGUCCGUGGAGGGACGUACGGGAUGCGCCUGCAGCGUUGCGUAG